AUGAACGUCUUCCGCAUCCUCGGAGACGUCUCCCAUACCGCUUCCAAAUGCAUCCUCAUCUGGGCCAUCCACAACAACAAAUCCGCCGAGGGCGUCUCCCUCCUCACCCAGCUCCUCUACAUCCUCGUCUUCGGCACGCGAUACCUCGAUCUCUUCUGGGUGCCGCCAUGGUUCAGCUGGUGGAACUUUGUCCUCAAGAUCUUCUACAUCGCCUCGUCGGCCUACAUUGUCUUCCUCAUGAUGCGCAUGUUCGCGCGCACCCGCGAGAAGGAGUACGCCUGGAAGCUCGCAACCUGGUGCCUGGGCGGCAGCGUCCUCGCCGCGCCGCUCGUCUGCCUCCUCUUUGAGGGCUGGAAGCGCAGCACAUUUGUCGAAGUGAGUCACAGCCUGUUCCUCAUCCUCUACUACCAACUUGCUCGCCCGGGAUGGCCGCUGAUCACCGGCGACGCCCAUAAGAUCCUCUGGACCUUCAGCAUCGUCCUCGAAUCCGUAUGCGUCCUGCCGCAGCUCCUGCUGCUCCGCCAGACCAGCGUCCCGACCGUCCUCGACUCCUUCUACCUCGUCACGCUCGGCAGCUAUCGCUUCUUCUACAUCCUCAAUUGGAUCGUCCGCGGCAUCGGCGAGGGCCACUUCGACCCCACCAGCGUCAUCUUCGGCGUCAUUCAGACCGCCCUCUACAUCGACUUUGCAUGGGUCUACUACUCGCGCCAGCGCGUCAAGCUGCGAGGCGGCGGCAUUGUCGACAGCGACGAUCUCAGCAAGAGCUUCCUCGUCAAGCGUUUCAUCGGCCGGCGCGGCAACCGAAACGACACGGAAGAUGAGGAUAUCGCCGAUGAAGACGAGGGAUUGGCUGGGCAAGAGAAUGGCACCAUCAGACCUGCAGGUCGCAACUGGGGCCCACGCGGCGUCUCUGUCUCGGCCGACGACACACUUCAGGAGCACUUUGACGGCUCGGCACGCGACGCGACCAUGGUCGAUCCAUCUCAUUUCGAAGAUCUCGACGACGAUGUCGACGCACCACCACCGCCAGCCAAAGAUCAGAAGCCGGCUCCACCACCAAAGGAGACGGAGGAAACGGUCGGCAGCAGCGCCGGCGAGUGGCAGGAUGAUCCCGGUACCAUGAAAUAG